AUGCUCGACAAGAAUGUGGAGACGCUGAAGAACAUGAACACCCAGACGGCCAAGUACGCCAAGUGGUACGUGAGGGUCCUCGACCCGAAGGUCAUUGAUUACACGUUCACAGUGAGGAACGAAAAAGUGGAGGCGCAGAAGUUCAGUUGCGUUUUGGUGUCCAACGCGCCCGCGCAGUACAUGCUCGGCGCGGUGCCCUUCAGUUUCAAGAAUCGGGCUGCGGCAGCCGAAGCCUUCAAGAAAUUCACGGCGGACUCCGUGUGGGAGCUCCGGACCCCGAGCUUCGACACCAGAGCCAAGUCGGACUUCAUCGGCGGCCCAUUGAAGUCGGUGGUCCUGCUUUGCAACCCAUCGACACUGACCCGACUCCCGCCCACCAGCACGGAAGCGUUGGCGCAUCCCGCUAAGGGGCUGCAGAUCGCACUGGAUAUCAAGGGCAUCGUGGAGCUUCUCAAGGGGACUGCUACUGGUGCAAGCAACCGGGCGGCCUUCGACUUCUGCGGCAAGUUCCUCGGCAUCACCACUCCCAAGCAAGUCAGUAAGAACGGCAGCCUCCGAAUGGUGGCCGAAGCGGAGUUGGGCAG